AUUUACCUCAUGCUGUUUGAUUUCGCUGCCUGGUUUCCCUUCAGUUGCUCUAUUAGGGCAGGGAGGAUAGAGAGUUUUCUUUCCUCCGUGUUUUAUCUUAAUUUCCUCGCUCUUGGAUCAGUGCCGUUGGUUUAUAGCAGCGUUUCCCAACCUCGGCCACUUUUAAGACGCGUGAACUUCAACUCCCAGAAUUCCCAGCUAGUCUGAUUUAUGCCAUAAACUUUAUGCCACUCAUUCCAAAGAAAGAUGAUACACAAACAGUACCUAUAAUCUUUGUGAAUUCUUCAGUUUCAUGUGAACCAUGUUUUAGUGCCAUUUUCAAAAUGAUAAACAGCAAGCCCUGUGGCUUUGAACCUGCCUACCUAGAGCUGGCAAGUGCUGUAAAAGAAGAGUACCCUGAUGUGGAGAUCGAAUCCCGUCUUGGAGACACAGGUACCUUUGAAAUAGAAAUAAAUGGACAAUUGAUCUUCUCCAAACUUGAGAAUGGAGGAUUCCCUUAUGAGAAAGAUCUCAUUGAAGCCAUUCGAAGGGCUAGCAGGAGAGCCACUUGAGAAAAUCACCAAGAGCCGGCCACCUUGUAUCAUUCUUUAGUGUAUUUUUUCCAUUUACACCAUGUUUUCCACUUGCCCAUCCUCCCUGAAUCCUUGUCACGUUUGCUUCCAAUUUUUGCUUCCAACUUUAGCUUCCAAUUUUUACUUCUGGUAUUAAUUCCAUCACUAGGUAAAUACCAGAAAAUACCAGAUCAGGAGAGACAUUAAAGUAAUUUGGGUUUACAGACAAGUAAAAUAAGCUAGAAUUUAAGCCAUAUUUGGGAGGUUGAUUUAACAGGGCUUAUUCAAUAAAGUAACCUUUUUUCCUUGAGAAUUUAAUGUAUUUUUUCUAUGUUUGAGACGCUAGCAGGUUUUUUUUUCCUGUUAUAUUUCUUUUAACCACAUCUGAAUGAACAGGAGUAAACUCUCAUAUUUCUUAGAACAUCUAAGAACCUUUAGCUUCUCUGCCUUUAAAGCUUCACUUUCUGGGCAUUCUCCUGCUUCUUUCCAGGAGUUUAGAAUGAGUUGGUGCCACAACCUGACUUCAUUUUGAAAUCUGCAGUCAGAGUGAAGCUUAAUAAGAAGUCUUUCCAAUAGUCCUAUAUAGGUACAAUUCAUGCUACAGCAAAUGUUUUCAAAGACCACAGAUUUUAAGCAACAUAUUGGGGAUCAGUGUUGUUAAAGGAGUGCUUCAGAAUGAAAAACAUCCUGCAUGUUACACUACAUGAAUGAGAAUUAAUCACAACAAUGCUUUUGCUCCCCUAUUCCACUCCCAGAAAUAGAUUUAUCUUAGGUUUAGUGUUGCCCUAAUUUUAUGUAAAAUUGUAUCAAGAUAACCAGGACAAUGUUGCUUACACAUGAGAGGGAAAUGCUUAGAUUCUCAUUUCUCUUCUAUACUACUCUGAACUUUUGCAAAGGAUCAUUUUUCUAAGAUACCCCCAAAUUAGACAUGAUUUGUUGACAAAAGAAGUAGUUCUUUUAUGCUUAUAUUCUGGACCAAUUUUACUUUUUCUGAGAACAAAUAUGAAAU